UUAAUUAUAUAAAAUGCGCAAAGAGAAAGUCAUCUUAUCUAAUUUGUAUUCUACCUCUGUCAAGUAUAAAGUUUAAAAUAGCUUAAAGUUUAUUUCAAGUUGAAUACACAUAUACAUACAUACAACUUGCAACUUUCUUUAUCGCAUCUCGGGUCGUCGUAUCUUUUGAACCUUAUAUUAAUAAAAAUUGCGCACGUGAUCACCUCAAUAUGAGAGGAAUCAUCUAAGAAAGUGCGAUGUUCUGAUUUCUCUUACAGGACAAAUAUACCGAAGGAAAUAAUGCAGAUACCUGAUUUUCCCUUUAAAAAUCAGGGGGGUCCAUCUUUUGCUCAUCAUAGUCUAAUAAGGGAAUAUCUUUUGGACUAUGCAAAACAGUUCAAUCUCUAUCCUUACAUUAAAUUGAAUACCCUGGUGAAAAACGUGGAGCCGGAGAUUUUGAAAAACGGCCAGACGCUGUGGACGGUGACAUACAAGGAUUUGGAAUCCAAAGUAGAGACCACUAAAACUUUUGAUGCCGUUGUGUUGUGCAACGGUCAUUACACUAUCGGUCAUGUUCCGCAUACUCCAGGUAUCGAAAGCUUCCACGGUGAAUGCAUUCACAGUCAUCAAUACAGAAUGCCGGAGAUAUAUGCUGGCAAAAAGGUCUGCAUACUCGGCGCGUCCUGGUCCGGUAUUGAUAUCGCAAUGGAAGUCUCACAAUACGCUGACAAAGUGUAUUUAAGUCAUAAUUGGACGGAACAUUUUAACUCGAAGAUGUCGAGCAACGUCGAGCAAAGACCCAAUAUCGAAUCCAUCCAAGGAAACGUCUUCAUCUUCCGCGAUGGCUCCUCGGCGGAAGUGGACAGUUUCAUAUAUUGCACUGGUUACAAAUUCACGUAUCCCUUUAUGUCAACUAAAGUUGAGAUACGUACGGAUGAUAACCACGUGGAACCCAUCUACAAACAUCUGGUGCACAUGGAUUACACGAGUCUGUUCUUCAUGGGUUUACCAGCGAUCGUGGUACCAUUCCCAAUGUUCCACAUUCAAGCACAAUACAUUCUCGCAGUUCUCGAAGGCCGUAUUCAAUUGCCAUCGCCGCAAAGAAUGCGCGAGGAAUACGAGAUCGAGAAGAAGUCACUAUUGGAGCAAGGCAUUCAGCUGAGACAUAUCAAUAAACUCAAAGACAGGCAAUGGGCUUACUACGACGAGAUCGCGGCCGCUGCCAAUGUGCCGAGUUUUCCACCGGUGAUCAGGAAAAUCUUCGAUCACGUUAGCGAUAUGCGUGACAUAAACUUCACUACUUACAAAAAUUAUCAAUAUUGCAUCAUCGACAAUGAGAACUUCAGCGUGUCUUACUGUAAACCUUGUUAGGGUCUACGUAAAAGAAAAAAAAAAAAGGAAAAUGAAUGUAAU